UUCUUCAGUUGAAUUUGGCGCAACAUUUGAAACUAAUCAUCUUCCUGUUGAACUGGGCUUCUUGCCGGCUCAGCCAAUCACAGUCAGGGGGCGGGGCUAGAGGACUUCCUUUCGCUCUGUAUAAGAGCAGGUUCCCUCCGCCGCUGCUGCUCAGUCUUUACUGUAAACUCAGAGAGGAAACAUGCCCGAACCCGCCAAGUCUGCGCCCAAGAAGGGCUCCAAGAAAGCGGUCACCAAAACCGCCGGCAAAGGAGGCAAGAAGAAGAGAAGGACCAGGAAGGAGAGCUACGCCAUCUACGUGUACAAGGUGCUGAAGCAGGUCCAUCCCGACACCGGCAUCUCCUCCAAGGCCAUGAGCAUCAUGAACUCGUUCGUCAACGACAUCUUUGAGCGCAUCGCCUCCGAGGCUUCCCGUCUGGCUCACUACAACAAGCGCUCCACCAUCAGCUCCAGGGAGAUCCAGACCGCCGUGCGCCUCCUGCUGCCCGGUGAGCUGGCCAAGCACGCCGUGUCUGAGGGAACCAAGGCGGUCACCAAGUACACCAGCUCCAAGUAAACCAGCUGCCAAUACUGCUGCUGCUCGGACACAACAACACAACGGCUCUUUUAAGAGCCACACACACAACACUGAAGAGCA